ACUUACUUCAACACCAAAUCGAAAACACCUCUAUCUUCUCUCUACAAAUUCGUCCAAGGCUCUAGCAUUGUUGCUGUGUAUUCACAAGGUUUUCAAGAAGAAGAAAAUGGGAGGAGGAAUGGAGGCAAACAAGAACAGGUUUGUGGAGAAGUGGGGCGCAGCUAGAGAAAAUCUGGAGCACAACUUCCCCUGGACUCGCCGCAACUUUGCCAUCAUCGGAAUCUUUGGCAUCGCUAUCCCCGUCUUAAUCUACAAGGGCAUCGUCCGAGAAUUCCAUAUGCAAGAUGAGGAAGCAAGCAGACCAUACAGGAAGUUUCUGUGA